UGCAACCGUGAAACAUUUCCGACAUGACAAUCCCCACCAUAAAUCUAUCGUCCCUCAAGAAGGCAAAGAACUCAGUCAUCGGUAAUCCCACCGCCAAGCUCGCCCUCGCUCACGAUGACGCCUUCAUCGAAAUGCUCGUCGCAUGCAUCAACAACCCCUCGCCGGAGGCCCACGAGGCGCAAGCCGACAUCCGCACGGAGGCUGCCCAUGUUAUAGCUUCGCUUGCGUACGGAUCCUCCGAUGCCCUCAGGACGCUCUUGAGAUGCAACGCCCACCAAGCCUUUCUCUACGCCAUCUCGCUCUUCCGGCCCACCGAGCCUCCAAAGCUGAAGGCCGCCUUCGCGCGCGCCCUGCGUGUCCUGGCAUCGACCAUCGCCGAGGAAGUCGGGCCCUCGCAAUGGGGCCUGCGCACGUCGUCGGAGAUCCGCGUAGAAGCCAAGGCUGCGCUGGACUAUCUCUUCCAGACAGACAUCCUGGACAUAUACCUGCCCCUGCUCGCGGACCCUUGGACCCAAACGAGUAUGAACAUCGCACAGCUGCUUGCCGCCGGGGUACGUACAGACGCACAUCGGACCGCGGUCACGAACUGGCUCCUGCCUUCGGAGCGGCUGAAGGAGAUCAAGGGCAAGCGCGGGUGGGAGAAGCCAGACGUCGCUCGCGUACCUAGUAGGCAGGGCGGGUGGGUCGUCCGCGCCCUUGUUGCACUUCUGGGCAGAAAAGACGCCAAGCUUCAAGAAGCCGUCCUGUACGCGAUUGCUUGUCUGGCGGAGGAAAAUGCGUCCGUAGCCAUUAGUCUGGCGAUCCCGUCUCUGGAGAAUGAAGCACCUCUCUGUGUCGUGCUCUCAUUAUGCAAGUCACGCUCCACCGAGAUUCGUCUUGCGGCCUGCCUCUGCGCGACGCGAAUAGUUCGCGCUGGGCUUGCACACUCUCCGUUGUCUACGACGGACGACUCUCCUGUGUUGACCGUGAUGUAUGUUGUCAACCGUCUCAUUGCCUCGGAGUCUGAUGCGGCGCAGACCCGGAUGAAAGCCUGCUACAUUCUCUCCGGGCUUGUGUGCGACAACAAGGAGCUUUGUACGCUUGCGGCUCAACGCAAGUCUCUCGACAAACUGGCUGCUCUGAUCACCAGCAUCACACCGAGCGAGAAGACAGCGGAAUGGGAGCAAGACGAGCCCGAGAGCGCGGCCCUCAUCGCGGUGGCCUCCAUCUCGAUGUUCGACGACGACAUCCGCAGCCAGGUCACGGACAAGCUCCAGCUGGUGCCCGCGAUCCAGACGUCGCUCUCGCAUACGCACGUCGGCGUGCGCUAUGCAGCGUGUCAGUGUGUCCGCGCGAUCAGCCGCUCCGUGGCGGUGCUGCGGACGAACAUCGUGGACAGCGGGCUGGGCAUGGCGGCGUACCAGCUCUUUCUCAAGCAGGACGAGGACCGGCGUAUCACAUUCGUUGCGUCGACCGUCGUGUGCAACUUGGUGAACGAAUCUUCCCCCUUGCGUGAUGUUCUUGUAACGCAGGGCUUGCUGCCCAGGCUCGUCCAGCUCGUCCAUUCGGGAGACCCUGCCCUUCGUCAGAACGGUCUCUGGGCGAUCAAAAACCUUCUGUAUAGAUGCCCGCAGGCCAUCAAGCGUCAAGUCAUGGACGCCUUAGGCUGGGACGAGCUGCCACACCUUUUGAUGGACCCAGAGCUCGACAUACAAGAGCAAGCAUGGAAUAUCUUGCGCAAUGUUGCUGACAAGCAAGACGACGUCGCGAUGGUCUUCGAAAGGCUGGGUGCUGACCGCCUCCUGGACAUCCUCGCGGAUGCGAUGGAGUCUGACUUUGAAGAUGUCAUACACGAGGCUGUGUGUGCACUAGCAAAUCUCGCCCACAGCACUACGCAUCAAGACCUGAUCCUGUCGCAUCCUCGCAUCUUACCCGCGUUGCACAAAUGUCUCGUCGAUGGCACAGCGCGCAUUCGUCAACCCGCCGUGUCAUGCAUUGAAGAGCUUGUCAAGGGCAAUCCUCGCAGCCGCCAGGCCCUGCACGAUGUCGGCAUUGACAGGACGCUGCGGCACAUGAGCGUGAGCAGUAGCCCAACUAGAACAAACUCAAUGGGUCUGCAUGGUGGAUUGGAGAACGACGUCAGGUCGCACGCGCGAGACGCGCUAUAUGGACUGGAGCACAAUGCGGAUAUUGACAUAUAAUGUUAGGUACAUUAUUGCUAUCGUGUCCUGUGAGUUUGUCUGUAUACAACCGCUGUCUUUUGGAGUAGGAUGCUGUCCGUCGUGCUAUCCAGUGUCUGAAUGU